AUGGACUCCCCCAUCGUCACGGCCACCUGGCAAGCAGGCGCCUUGAGUGCCCUUUCCAACAUUCUCGCUCAGUUCCUCACGAGCUGGAAGACGAGUUCACCAUUCAAACUCAACACGACCGACCUAUUCCAAUUCAUCCUCUUUUCCGUGCUCUCGUGCCCUCCAAACUUCAUCUGGCAAGCAUGGCUCGAAAGCCAGUUCCCGGCAUACAGCGACAAGCUCCCACCCUCUGAAAAAGAAGCAUUAGUCGACGAAGUAGUCACCGGCGACAGCCAAGCGAGUAAAAAAGGCGUCAACGGCAAGGUGGACAGUAAGCACACACGGGACAACGCCUUGGUAGACAAACAAAAGUCUCCUCGCAAACUCAGCAUCAAGAACACCGCCAUUAAAUUCGCCCUGGAUCAGACCGUAGGAGCUACGUUCAACACAGUCCUGUUCAUAGCCGGGAUCGGUCUCAUCCGAGGGCAAUCGCUGGCUCUGAUCCAGCAGGACGUUCAAGAGCAGUUCUGGCCUAUGAUCUUUGCGGGACAGAAACUCUGGCCGCUGGUCAGCAUUCUCUGCUUUGCGCUGAUACCGCUGCAGUAUCGAAUGCUGGUCGGCAACGUCGCCGGGGUCAUCUGGGGGAUUUAUUUGAGCUUGAUGGUUGGGGAAGAGAAGUAG